AUGGACAUCCGUCACCCGAACCUUCCGGACAAGGGACGGACGGGAUGGGAUAGCCUACUUAACUUGCUUUGGGUUAUCAAGGGACAAACAAACUCUACGGAGUACGGAAGACUCCCAAAUGAUGAUCCGCGCGGCGGAUCGAUCGCCCAUGUGAUGCAUCACGGGGCGGUGUGCUCAAUAGUAGUCCACUGUGUCGAACAAGUCGGGGUCUGGAUGGGGAUAGCGAGAGGGCCAGUCGGUCAUGGUCGCCCAAUGUAUUCGCAUCAGGCGAGGCCUAACCUGACUAGUCGCGGUCCAAGAAGUGGAGACAGGCACGACUAA